AUGAGACUCACCUUUGCUGGAGCCGCAGGGCCGGGAGCCGGCCAGUGGGAGCCAGGACGGGCACGGGACGGCGGGCCCAGCACGCUGCUGCUGAGUGUGGAUAACGGAACUUUGCCUCUCCUAAGGGGAGAGGUGCUGUCUGGCUGUGGGGUCUAUGACGGAACCGAGAUCCACGAGGCCUCUGCGAUCCUGGUGCACCUGAGCCGUGGAGGAGCUGAGGUCCAGAUUUUUGCCCCAGAUGUCCCUCAGAUGCACGUGAUUGACCACACCAAGGGGCAGCCAUCUGAGAGCGAGAGCAGGAAUGUUUUGGCAGAGUCGGCAAGAAUUGCCCGAGGCAAGAUCACCAAUCUGGCCCAGCUCAGCGCCUCCAACCACGACGCUGCCAUCUUCCCCGGAGGAUUUGGGGCUGCCAAGAACCUGAGCACCUUUGCCGUGGAUGGGAAAGACUGCAAGGUGAAUAAGGACGUGGAGCGAGUCCUGAAGGAGUUCCACGCUGCUGGGAAGCCCAUCGGCCUGUGCUGCAUCGCGCCUGUGCUUGCGGCCAAGGUGCUCAGAGGCGUGGAGGUCACAGUGGGCCACGAGCAGGAAGAGGGCGGCAAGUGGCCCUACGCCGGGACUGCAGAAGCCAUCAAAGCCCUGGGGGCCACGCACCGCGUGAAGGGCGUGGACGAAGCCCACGUGGACCUGAAGAACAAAGUGGUCACUACCCCGGCCUUCAUGUGUGAGACCGCGCUUCACCACGUCCAUGACGGGGUUGGGGCCAUGGUGAAGAAGGUGCUGGAACUCACGGGGAAGUGACGGCACUGGCGGCGGCGUGUGCCUCCCGGCCCAGGCUGCCCAGGGCAGGGGCUGCCGCCGCGCCUGCUGGAGGCCCCGCACCCUGGGCUCAGCUCAGCCUCGGGCUGGAGGAGGCGGGGCUCACGCCGGCCCUGAGCCGCUGCCCAGCUUCU